CCCUCAUCUCCAGGAUCUCUUUCCUCUCCAGCGCAUGAGCAGCCCAGCCUGCUGACCGCCGCUCCCCACCUGUCCAUCCUGCCACAGCCACACCAUGUCCGGCUCCUACGACGAGGCCUCCCUAGCUCCGGAGGAGACCACCGACAGCUUCUGGGAGGUGAGGCUCGGAGAGCGGAGGAGGGUGGUGCGAGGGGGGCCUCCAGGCAGGGGAUCAUGCAGUCCUCGGGACCCCAUGGCCAUCUCCUCAGGCCCACAGUACGGCAGCCUGGAGCGGGCCUGGGGUGCCAUCAUGACGGAGGCGGACAAGGUGAGCGAGCUGCACCAGGAGGUGAAGAACAAAGACGCCUAUCACAAGCAGAUCAUGGGCGGCUUCAAGGAGACCAAGGAGGCUGAGGACGGCUUCCGCAAGGCCCAGAAGCCCUGGGCCAAGAAGAUGAAGGAGCUAGAGGCAGCCAAGAAGGCCUACCAUCUGGCCUGCAAAGAGGAGAAGCUGGCCGUGACACGGGAGAUGAAUAGCAAGACGGAGCAGUCAGUCACCCCCGAGCAGCAGAAGAAGCUGCAGGACAAAGUGGACAAGUGCAAGCAGGACGUGCAGAAGACGCAGGAGAAGUAUGAGAAGGUGCUGGAUGAAGUGGGCAAGACCACACCGCAGUACAUGGAGGGCAUGGAGCAGGUGUUUGAACAGUGCCAGCAGUUUGAGGAAAAGCGGUUGGUCUUCCUCAAGGAGGUGCUGCUGGACAUCAAACGUCACCUGAACCUAGCCGAGAACAGCAGCUAUGUCCAUGUGUACCGGGAGCUGGAGCAGGUCAUCCGGGGGGCCGACGCCCAGGACGACCUCCGAUGGUUCCGCAGCACCAGCGGCCCUGGCAUGCCCAUGAACUGGCCCCAGUUUGAGGACUGGAACCCAGACCUCCCUCACGCCACCGCCAAGAAGGAGAAGCAGCCUAAGAAGGCCGAGGGGGCGGCGCUGACCAAUGCCACUGGGGUGUUGGAGUCCACGUCCCAGGCUGGCGACCGUGGCAGCGUUAGCAGUUAUGACAGGGGCCAGCCUUACGUCACUGAGUGGUCAGACGACGAGAGCGGGAACACAUUUGGGGGCAAUGAGGCCAAUGGGGGCGCCAACCCUUUCGAGGACGACGCUAAGGGGGUGCGUGUGCGGGCGCUCUACGACUACGACGGCCAGGAGCAGGACGAGCUCAGCUUCAAGGCUGGAGAUGAGCUCACCAAGCUGGGCGAGGAGGAUGAGCAGGGCUGGUGCCGCGGGCGGCUGGACAGCGGGCAGUUUGGCCUCUAUCCCGCCAACUACGUGGAGGCCAUCUAGCUGCCCUGCUCCCCUCCAAAUACCCCCUCUUUCCCCCCACUUCCCCUUCUUUCCCACUCUUGUCACCCCCCCUUGCCAUAGAGUUCCAGACAUAUUUUACGAUCAAGCUUUUAUUUUUUUAAAAGUCAAAACAGAACAAAACAAAAAAAUA